CUUAGCCUAAGGAGAGCACAGAUGCUUCACAUCCAUUAUCUUUCUUAUUUCAAACAACUCUGCCACUUGGGGUGGUCAGGAUUUCUAAUCUCGACAUUAUAUAUUAGGUGACCGAGAUCCAGAAAGGACAAGGUCCACCAGGAAGCUGGAUGCAGAGUCAGGAGGGCUGCAGUGGAAGCCAAGGCCCGUUGGAGAUCUCUAGGGGCGCCUACUCUGGGGAGGAUGAGGAGGCAUACUCGGUGGAACCGUUGCCAGAGCUCUGCUACAAGGCGGAUGUCCAGGCCUUCAGUAGGGCCUUCCAACCCAGUGUCUCCCUGGUAGUGGCUGCACUGGGUCUGGCUGGCAAUGGCCUGGUCCUGGCCACCCACCUGGCAGCCCGACGUGCUGUCCGUUCGCCCACUUCUGCCCACCUGCUCCAGCUGGCCCUGGCCGACCUUCUGCUGGCCCUCACCCUGCCCUUUGCUGCAGCUGGGGCUCUGCAGGGCUGGAGUCUGGGAAGUGCCACCUGCCGAGCCAUCUCAGGCCUCUACUCAGCCUCCUUCCACGCCGGCUUCCUCUUCCUGGCCUGUAUCAGCGCCGACCGCUACGUGGCCAUCACACGGGCCCUCCCCGCGGCACCCAGGCCCUCUGCCCCCGGCCGCGCGCACAUGGUCUCGGCCAUCGUGUGGCUGCUGUCGCUGCUUCUGGCGCUGCCUGCUCUCCUUUUCAGCCAGGACGGGCCGCGGGAAGGCCAGCGGCGCUGCCGUCUCGUCUUCCCCGAGGGCCUCACGCAGACGGUGAAGGGGGCAAGCGCCGUGGCGCAGGUGGCCUUGGGCUUCGCGCUGCCGCUGGCCGUCAUGGCCUCCUGCUACGCGCUCCUGGGCCGCACGCUGCUGGCCGCCAGGGGGCCCGAGCGCCGGCGUGCGCUGCGCGUCGUUGUGGCCCUGGUGGUGGCCUUCGUGGUGCUGCAGCUGCCCUACAGUCUCGCCCUGCUACUGGAUACGGCGGACCUACUGGCUGCCCGCGAGCGAAGCUGCCCUGCCAGCAAGCGCAAGGAUCUGGCACUGCUGGUGACCGGAGGGUUGGCCCUGGCCCGCUGCGGCCUCAACCCCGUGCUCUACGCCUUUUUGGGCCUGCGCUUCCGCCAGGACCUGCGGAGGCUGCUGCGGGGUGGGAGCUGCAGCCCAGGGCCUCACCCCCGCGGCCGCUGCCCCCGCCGGCCCCGCCUCUCUUCCUGUUCGGCUCCCACUGAGACCCACAGUGUCUCCUCCUGGGACUACUAGGGCUGCGAAUCAAGGCGGGGAGGGCGGGAUUCCAGGGAGGGUAGUGGGAAAGGGGAGAAGGUGGGGGAACACUGAGAAGGAGGUAGGGACCUAAAGGAAGUGCUUCUGUACUUUGCCAUAUUAAAUUGAUAACAUGGAAAUGAGAUGCAA